AUGACGAUCAUUUUUGCCUCGUCUUCCGAAACCACCGGGGUCGUCCCGACCUAUAAACAGCCUUAUUUACAUGUGUCAUCCGCCGAGGCCAUGCUUCUCGAAGACAAGCACAGUGCUCACAACUAUCAUCCUCUGCCCGUGGUCUUGGAUUCAGCGUCUGGAGCCAAAGUAUGGGAUCCUGAGGGGAAAGAAUACAUUGACAUGCUGUCGGCGUAUUCCGCCGUGAACCAGGGCCACUGCCACCCCAGGAUAGUGUCCACAUUGAUAACGCAAGCUCAAAAGCUUACGUUAUCUUCGCGAGCUUUCCACAACUCCGUGUUUGGACAGUUCGCGAAACAAGUGACUACCUUGUUUGGGUACGAUAUGGUCCUCCCCAUGAAUACGGGUGCGGAGGCCGUUGAAACGUCCCUUAAGUUAGCCCGCAAGUGGGCUUAUGCAAAGAAAGGCGUUCCAGAAGGUAAGGCGAUGAUCCUAAGUGCUCAAGGAAAUUUUCAUGGACGCACAAUCGGUGUGAUUUCAAUGAGCACCGAUCCAGAGAGUCGAACUGGCUUCGGUCCUUUCCUUGAGGGUGUCGGAUCUGUUAUCCGAUUACCAGAUGACCAGCUCCACCAAAUCCGCUACAACAACAUUCCGGACCUCGAGGUUGCGCUUAACGCGCAUGGGGAGAAUAUUGCUGCAUUUCUGGUGGAGCCCAUCCAGGGUGAAGCAGGGGUCGUGGUUCCGGAUGCCGGAUAUUUAUCAAAGGUGCAGGAUAUUUGUAAGAAGCACAACGUACUCUUGAUUUGCGACGAAAUUCAAACGGGUCUCGGCCGCACUGGCAAGAUGUUGUGCUGUGAUCAUGAUAAUGUCAAACCAGACAUGGUCUUGCUUGGGAAGGCUCUAUCUGGCGGAGUAUACCCCGUAUCCUGCGUUCUAGCUAAUCAGGAUAUCAUGUUAUGCAUUAAUCCCGGGGAGCAUGGCAGUACGUAUGGAGGUAACCCGCUCGGAUGUGCCGUGGCUAUGACAGCUCUCAACGUCCUCAUCGACGAGAAGCUCAGCAAACGUGCUGAGCGUCUAGGCGAAGUCUUUCGCCAAACCGUCAGAUCCUUCCACUCUCCGCAUGUCCAACUCGUUCGUGGAAAGGGGCUGUUCAAUGCCAUUGUAAUUGACGAAAGCAAGAGCCUGAAGAAGCGCACUGCUUGGCAGCUGUGCUUACUGAUGAAGGACCGUGGUGUGUUGGCUAAGCCAACGCACCAGAACAUUAUUCGCUUCUCCCCCCCUCUUGUUAUAUCUGAGGCCGAUCUGCACAAGGCUCUCGACGUCAUUAAGCAGUGCUUACAUGACUUUGACAUCAUUGAGCGCAUCCCAGGUGACAAAUCUGGUCACCAUGAACGUGUCCCCCAGGACGAUUAA